UUCAUAAAAUAUUAAAUAUAGACAGGCCACACUCCCUGUCUCUCUCUCUUCUGCACACCUGUGCCUGGCUUCUCUCUCUCCUCUGCACACCUCUUUGCGCAAAAUGCUGGUGGAUCGUGGAGGUGGUAAUGGGAGCAGGGGCUCUGAAAGGGACUUUUAUUAUUUUUUCAAAGUUUUGUUGGGGAAUUUCUCUGAGCAAUUGGUAAAAAGUUCAAUUCCACCAGCAUUUCGGACAUAUUUGGAGCAUGAAGUUUCUAGAAAGGUCUUUCUAAAGGGUCCAAGUGGUGAUGUUUGGCCUGUAGAUUUGAAGAAAACUGUUGGUGGCAUGUUAUUUCAAAAUGGUUGGAAGGACUUUGUAAAUGAUCAUUGUUUGCAACUAGGGCAUUUUCUGGUGUUUAGAUAUGAUGGAGAUGUGUACUUCACGGUACAGAUUUUUGAUCAAACUUGUUGUGAGAAAGAAGAUGCAUUUCUUGUGCAUAAUAGCGACGAAAUGGAUUUCAAUGAAGACAAUGCGGAAGAGGUCAAGGUGAAGGAAAACCUAAUGAAACAAUCUCGGAUUGCUCGAAAUAGAUCAUUCAAAAGUAAAAUGAAUAGGACAAAUGGAAAGGUGAACAUAUUCCCAACACAACCAGUUUUUGAUAAUGGGUAUGUUGAGGCUGAAAAGAAUGAUAUGAAGACUAAAAUGAAUGACAUAAUGACUGUUGGAGAUUCAAGCGAUGAAUCUAGCUGUGAGGAACAAUGCUCAGAAAAACAGAGAAGGAUUUCAAGAGCACUUGAGCCUAGCCAGAAAAAAGAUACUCAUAAUUCUACAAGUGAUCGGCGUAUUUCUAGAGAAAGGACCGUUGUGUCAGCAAGGCGUCGAGUGACUAAAAGAGAAAUGCACAAUGCAAUUGACUCAGCCAGCUCCUUUCAGUCUAGCAAACCAUCCUUCACACUAGUUAUGAAACCAGGCAAUGUGUAUAGACAUUUCACUGCGUUUGUACCUGCUGCUUUUGCGAGGGAGCAUCUGCCAUGUUGCCAGUGCAAACUGAUUCUUCGGAAUCAAGCAGGGUGUUCAUGGACAGUGAGUUACUCUCCACAUGGCAUGAAAGGUUAUAGGAUGCAUGGUGGAUGGAAGCAAUUUUCUUUCGAAAACAAUCUUGAAGAUGGGGAUGCCUGUGCAUUCGAGCUUGUAAAGGGCAAGAAGGAAUUCAUUGUGCAUAUUUUCAGGGUAAUCCAGGAAAUAAAACCCUUGAGAUGGAUCAGUUCUGCCGCAAAGACUAAACGUUAAAGCCAUGGAUGAUACCUCUGAAGACUGAACCCAUUGUUCUUAUACUCAUCUUUUAUGGUGCAGAUAUAUAUUCAGGGUAGUCGAGGAGAUAAACUUGAGAUGGAUCAGUUAUAUUGCGCAGACUCCAUGAAGGAGACAUGGAUGGAGCCUUUGUGGACUGAACCAUUUAUUUUUUGGCAGUUUUUCUUAAUGUAAACAAGGGUUUUUUGGGACGAACUUUCAAUGGUUUGAGCCCUUGACCUCCAUCGACUAAAGCACGAUGUAUACAACUAAGCCACAGCCUAAGGAACUGAUUUUUGGCAGUUGAUGAAUGCUUGUGGAUGUUGGUUGGUUUUUCUAUUAAGCAUGUGGGUGAACUUUAUUCA